AUGGAACAAAUGCAAUGGCAAGACGAAUUUCUGAAGUGGAACAAAAGCAAUUACGGAGGAGUGGAGGAUAUCUCGGUGUCCCAGAAAAAAAUUUGGCUCCCAGAUUUACUCAUAGAAAACACCGCACAAAACUUCGCCGAGCUUGGAAAUUCAGCAAUGUUAGUGAGCAUCGAUUAUGAUGGAAAAAUAUUCUGGGAACCAGGAUUUGUGGCUAAGACUAUUUGUGAAGUGAAUAUCGGAAAGUACCCAUUUGACUAUCAGUUGUGUGAGAUUAAGUUCCUCACCUGGAUGCACACAAACAGGACAUUGGAGGUGUUCCCUGGGGCACAGGAAGUAAGUUUAGACGCGUGCAUCCCCAAUGGCGAAUGGGACAUAACAUCGACAGAAGCAGAGUCAUAUUUUUACCCUUCGACUUACAGACCAGGAACGAAACACACUGGAGUUACGUUUAGGAUACACCUUCAAAGGAAAAGGACUUUUUACGUGCUCAAUACUAUUGUACCUGUAGUGAUGCUCUCCCUUCUUAACGUGCUUGUGUUUCUACUUCCGGCAAGUUCUGGUGAGAAGAUGGCGCUUGCUGUGACGGUGCUGCUCUCCUUUACAGUGUACCUAAGUAUUAUCAGUGAAGUUAUGCCGAAAACUUCAGAGAGUAUCUCCAUACUUGCCGUCUACCUUACUGUCCUGCUGUCCCUGAGCACAAUGUCCGUCUUAUCCUCGGGCGUUGUGAUGAAUAUGAUUCACCAGAAGCCAGGUAGGCCCAUACCAAAAUGGGUCAACUGUCUCCUGUGUUGUAGAAUCAGAAAACUGAGGUCACAGAAGCGGAAACAAUUAGAGACAGACAAACAGCAAAGUUCUACACUACGUCGCUACGAGAAUGGCGAUGCAAAACGACGACACUCGGAUUCAGAUUCGAAAAUAUACCCGGAAAAUAUGUCUCUUAUGGACCCAAAGACGGACAAAGAGGGGCCAAUUGGACACGAGUUCUCUGUGUUGUACGAUGAGCCUGAAUUUGAUAUCAACAACUAUGACCCACUCCAAGAAAUAACAUGGAUAGAAGUAGGGGACGCGGUAGACAACCUUCUCUUCUGGGUGUUCCUUAUGUUAACACUGGCCUCAACGUCAGUUGUGUUCCUCAUGUUUUCGUUUUAA